GCCGGGAUUCUUCGGAUCGCCUCAAGUAUUGUGAGAAGGGUGGCAAGACCGAGCAAGUAAUUAACCAGGAGUAAAUCGUCAGCCCCGAAGGACUCAAGCCAGGUGGGAGGGUACCCACGCAUACAGCGAUCCCAAAUGGCGGCACAAUCAAGAGGAGAAGCACAAGGUCCCGAUUCGGUGCAGGCAAGGCAAAGUAACUUGUCAAGCGUAAGGGACUCGGUGGGCAGGUGUUAUGAUGAUGGAGUGUGCCCUAAGGGCAUCCAUUUGGGGAGGGUGGUGGAAGACGAAGGAGGGGAAAGAUUCAUAGUAAAUGAGGAAGUUGAGGAGGUUAAAGAACAAUGGCUGAAAGAAAGGUUGGUAAUCGUAGUGUUUCAGGGAGACGCUCGUUCACUAUCAAGAGCGGUCAAGGAAGAUCUGAUCAGAGCAUUUGAGGACGGGUGGUCUAUGAAGAAACUUUUCCAACCAGAAGCAAGACGGGGCAGGGUAAAAUUCGAAGGGCCAAACGUAGCCUCAUACGUGGUGAAAGCCAAGGAGAUCGCGGGUUGGCUAAUCCAACAGAAGGAGAUGUCGAUCAAGCUGGAGGAGGGGAAAAACUACACAGUCCAAUUUAGCCCAAGGCUAUCUAAGCAGGAACUGAAGGUGGUCAGAAUCCAAGAGGCCGAAUCCAAAUCCUGGAUUAUGGCUCUGAGGGUACCCCUGGAAGCGUACUUCUACUUGGGAAGCGCUGUGGAGGCCAUAUUCGGCAGGUCCAAGAUCAGGUGGGGCAGUGAGUGCUGUGAGGCGGACUAUGGGGGUCUCCAUAAAUCCGCAUCAUCCUCCUCGCUGGAAAGCUCGGCACAGCCAGUUGCGGCCAAGGAUAUAGGUCCAGAAGGGACGCAGGCAGGCAUUGGAGGCCCAGUGACACCGGGAAGAAAUCAGAUGGAAUCAGUCCAAAGAUGUCUGGUGCCUCUCCUCUGUACCAAGGCAAAGGAUCGGGUGUACCUGCUGGCACUGACGGACGAAGAUGGGUCGCCAAAGAUUCAAUCUCAGGUGGUGGAAUGUUCACCUACACCAGCGUUGAUCAUGACAACCAUGAAAGAUCUGUACGGGGAACAUGUACCAGUUAGGUUGGUUCCGCACUCAUCGAUGGUAUCAGUUAUCUGCGAAAUGGUACAGGGCUAUACCAAGAUGUACUUUCCCAUCCUGGACGCCCGCAUUCCCCCUGAGACAGCAAGCCUCCUGGCGCAAUCAGGGGUCAGAUGGGUCCACAUGGACCUGGUACGGGAGCGUAACAUGCAAGAACUAGAAGCCAUCAAGGUCCUACUUGGCAUUUCAGGCCUAGUUCUACUGAAUGUCAACGAGAAGCUGUUACUGGAGGAAAACCUUCACUUAGAGUUCCUGGCACAGAGCCUGUCGGACGAAUGGUCAACCAUGUCAAGAGCAAGUUCCUCGUGGGGCAGCUCCAGCAGACAUACGAAUUCCAGAUCGAAAGCAAGCAGCAAACGCUGUGAAUCCAAACUGAACGAAACCAAGUUGAGAGAGUUUGCAGGGUGGUGGGACGGCCCCCAAAUCUGGUCCCCUGCUCAGGGGACUAGAGGUGGAGUGGGCAUUCUCAUCCACAAGGACAUGCAAGCACAGGUCAUUGAUGCAGAGGCCGACCUGUGGGGGAGAUGGGCCUGGAUCAAGGCAGUGAUAGGAGGGGAGAAAUGGGUGUUAAUGACUGUCUAUGCGCCAACAAACUGGCGGGAAAGGGCAAAGUUCUUCCUGAAGCUGAAGACUAUUGUCCCUAAGGCAGAUAGACUGCUGGUUGUUGGAGAUUGGAAUGUAUCGCUGGAUGAGGCGCUGCGGCCUGGCGCCGCGAGCGCCGGCAGAGGGGAUGUGCAAGCCUUGCUGGACCUUAAUGCAGAGAUGAUGCUUUUGAACCCGUUCCCAGUGCUAAACCAAGAAGACCCGGGUUAUACCUGGUUUUCCAACCUGUUCAGGAACAGACAGGACAUUACCAGGAGGCGUCUUGACUACUUCCUGCUGAGCGAGGAAAUUUUGGAAAGGGUCACAGCGGUCCGCCAAUUCUGUCACCCCAUGUCAGAUCACAAACCAGUGGUGGUGGAAGCCGCAGGUGCUGAGCGUGGGAAAGGCUUCUUCCGUUUGAACAGUCAAGUGCUUGAGGAACCAGGCAUAGGGGAGUGGGUUGAGGACCACAUGUCCAGAUGGGAGGAGGCGAGACCGUUCUUUGAAACACCGACGGAUUGGCUAGACGGAGGUAUUGCCAUAGUUUCGGGCGUGUUGGAUGUGUGCUCAAGAAUCCUAGCCAGGGCAAGGAACUCGAAGGAAGCGGAAUACCUGCGAAAAAUUGAAGAAGCAGAAGACAGGAUGGAGGGGCAUCCCAUCUCGGUGAUGUACGCGAGGCUGUACUACUCGAACAUCCUAACAUCGAGGCGGCCUCAUGACAAUGUGGACACAGACCUAUCACUCAUGUCGGAUACGUGGGAAGAUACAACAACUGGGCUGCAUGGAGGCGGAAAACUUGACUUGGAUCGCCCGCUCACCUUGGAGGAGAUCUCCCAAAUGCUCAAGACCAUGGCGAAGGGCAAAUCUCCAAGGGUGGACGGCCUCACGGUCGAGUUCUAUGCUGCUAACUGGGUCGUCUUCGGACCCUUACUUGUGGAACUAUACAAUGGGAUCCUGGUUGGGGGUAAACUAGGGAAGGGGAUGACGCAUGGUGUGAUCGUUGUUCUGUUCAAGAAGGGAGACAAGGCCGAUGUAAGGAACUGGAGGCCCAUUUCGUUGCUCAACGUGUCCUACAAGAUUCUGGGCAAAUCCUUGGCCAGAAGGCUAGCAAGGUAUCUGCUGGACCUAGUGGCCCCCGACCAAGUUGCGUUCGUGCAGGGUCGCUCAAUCUUCGACAACAUAGUGACGACAAUCGAAACACUAGAGGUGGUGCAGAACGAGAAUCUGGAUUACGCCGUCCUCCUGCUUGAUUUGGAGAAGGCGUACGGCAAAGUAGGGUGGACUUUCGUACUCACCACACUGCAUUGGUUAGGCUUUGGGGAAGGGUUCUACGCAUGGGUAAUUGCAUUGUACACAUUCUCCACAGCCUUUGUUAUGAUCAAUGGGCACCUGUCUGAACCUUUCCCUCUCACAAGGUCCCUCAGGCAAGGCUGCCCACUAGCACCUCUAAUCUUCGUGAUUCAGUUGGAGGUGUUGCUGAACAAAAUCCGCGCCCAACCGGUUAUCCGUGGUCUGCAACUGCACACGGGCAACGAAUGCAAGGUGAAGGCGCUGGCCGACGACCUCUUCGCUGUAUGUGAAAACUCUGUGCCAGCUCUCUCAGCGAUGAAGAGUGUACUAUGUGAAUACUCCGUGCUGUCGGAGGCUUCUGUGAACUGGAGUAAAUCGACCUACCUGCUCCCAGCUCAGUUCGAACUUAAGGUAGAGUGGGGCAUGAAGAGAGUGGCGAAAGGGGAAGAGGAACGAUUCUUGGGUGUCAUGAUAAGUUUGCAGGUUGAAGCGUCGUCGCAGGGCUUUCAACUCCAGCAGCGGAUCGCAUCUAGGCUAAGGCUGACGGGUGGAAGGAAGAAGAUAGCGAUAGCGUCAUCAAUCGAUCGAAGAGCAGAUCGAACGGACAAGAUGAGUCACAAGAAGUCAUGCCCCUUCACAUUGGUUCCAUGGCACUCGAACGAGGAAUGGGACCAGGUUCGGAGAUGGCUUUUGUCAACCAAUACCGCAGAAGUUCAGCUGGGGAUCGAUCGUGUCAUAUCUUGGAAGGGCAGAGGACAUGUGCAGCCUGAAGUUGAAGUGACUGCAUAUCUAGUCGACCUGAUGUCCAAGGACCCAGAGUUCAGCCCCCUGGUGGAACCGACGAGACAUCUGCCGGAAAAUGUGCUGCGCCUCGGAUAUGCCAUGGCCAUGAUAAGCCAGGGCAAGAUUUCCAACAAGAGGGAUUCGCAGAAAAAAUGGUUGAGGGUGCUUCAGAACGAUGUGCGAGGACUGGAAAAAGUUUUGAUUGCCGCAUGGCACGGGCACCAAAGCAAUGGACGAAGGGGAAAUCCCCGGAAGAAACUGCUGAAAAGAGCAAGUGACCUUCUUCAUGGGAUGAGAUCUGAUUUCCUUCCUGGAUUGGUGCAUAACCUUGUGGAAUUUGGAAUCCUCAAAUCUCUGCCCCCAAAGUCUCCCACGAACAUUUUUGAAACUGGCGUGGAACCAGACACUGCCGAAAAGGGGUUAAGCAAAGAUCUGGGCUCAACGCUUUCCAGAAGGUUCACCUCCUGUGUCUGGAAGAUGGUCAUCAGCCUUUUGUCGUUGCUUGUGCCGACUUUUCCGAUGGGGAUUUUGAUGGGCGUGAUGUCGUGGACCGGGCACUUGGGAGGGAAAAUUCACGAGAGCAUGGAUCUUCCAACUGUGGAGAUCGAGCAACAACUCUCCGACCUGUUCGCUUGGGUUCACUGGUUGCUUGUCGUGAAAGACGAUGCUGCCGCGGACAACGCCGGCCCCAACAGCGAUGACGAUGAGGGUUUGAUCGAAGGCAGCCGAGCAGCGAAGGUUGAACCGGAACAGCGGAGUCGUCCUGGUGCACAGAAGCGCAAGCGAAGGAAGACGGCGAAGAGGAGCAGCGUCGAAAGUGGUACAGAUCGUGCUCAUCGUGACGACGUAACCCGGCAUAAUAACGUAGUGAAUGCAAUCACCGCCAAAGCGAACACCAUGAUGCCCACAGAAGAUCAAGAGCAAGAGCAAGAGGAAGAGCAAGAGGAGGCGACAAUCGAUCUACUACCGAAGGAGUUGGCAAGGGGGAAUCCGUAUCGAGGUGAUCUUGCAUGGAUAAAUGAACUAGGUCUCAAAGACGGAGGAUUGAUGGAUAUCAAGGAUUUAGCUAUGGACAACUGUAUACGGUUACUGACUCUGUGCUUCAAGUAUGGACGAUUCAGCGGCAGCAAGGGAAAGGAGAUCACAUCUUACAUUAUCCAGAAUUAUCCGAUGGAUGAAAAGCGAAGGCAUUCUGUUGAAAAGCUCUACCAUCUGAUCUUCGAGAGAGGUCCACGCGAACCAGAGGAGAGCAAAAAGGGAGGAAGUGACAAGGGCCCUCCGAAACCCGGCAAUGAAGUUCCAGGAGCUUCCACGAGUACGGACGAAGAGAUGAAGCGAGAAGAAGAGGAGAGCGCAGAGCGCAGAAACUGCGACGCGAUAGAGAAAGAGUCAGACGGUGCCGGCGAGGACUGUCCGAACUCUGGCGACAAGGUUGAAAAAGAAAUCACCAAGAGCAGGCGGGUAGAGGAGGAAGGGGGGGAGGAGGAAGCAAAGAGCACUCCUAUGGAUGUCAACCAAGACGGACAGGCUAGAGCGAAGCACCCUCACAGCAACAGCCAGUCUAAUAUUUCUCUCUCGUCUCAGUCCUGUUCAGGCCUUACCGAGGCACAGCAACGGUUGAGUAAGCUGUUGGAAGAGUGCAGCUGUGGUAGGAACCGAGGGCUGGAAAGUCAAAUCGAAGAAAUCUUCCAAGACCCGAACAGCCACGAUGAGGACGAGGGAGGCAUUUGGAAGUUAUCGAAAGGAGAGUGGGCACCUUGUGCGAUCGGAUCGCUACCGUCAGUUUGGAGCGAAACCGGUGUUGUUAAGUCUCUGGAUUGGACCUUUCCCAAUCUGGCAGGCGAGGAAGCAUCCUUGGACGCAGGCUUUCAAGGGGUGGGAGAGGAGGGCGCAGAAGAGCCAAUGGGGGAGGGGGAGGAGGAGGGGGAGGAGGAGGGCAAGGAGGAGCAAGAUCCAUGCAGGGAGCAGUUAGAAGCAGUAGAACCCAUCGUGGCGGAAGGUCAGGCGCAUCGAGAUGACGGAAGUCCGGUGAAAAGACAGCGAACGGGUGAACGUGACCAUGGCGUUUCGACAGCAGGCGAGGAGUGCAUGGAGAGAGGAGGUCAGCGGAGAAGUGAGGUUCCGGAGCACCCAGCAGCAGCAAUUAGAGAUGAGCAAAAUCAGCAGGUGCAAGCACUCCAAACGCUUGGUGCUUCCGCAAGAAGCAAUGUUGAAGGACAGAUACCUGCUCCUUCUCAGGACACGCGAUGGCCGGUCAAACGCUCGAUGACGGAUGUCUUGCAUGUGCAGAAACAGCAACCCCCUGCGACUUCUGCUGAACUGGCUUUUGAUGGAUUUCUCCUCUGCAGAGGACUUCCUAUUAAGUGUGGAAUGGAUGAGGCCAGUGCUAUAAGGGAUAGCAUUUCUCUCCUUCUCUGAGAGUGGAAGAUGAGAAUAGUCACUUAGCAAGUUUGGUAGUGAAUGAAGGAAUUCAAUGAAUAAAGAUUCAUAGG